AUGGUGCAAUACAGAGGCUUCGCGAGCCGGCUAACGCGGUUCCAGAGGCAACAAGAGAUCCAAUUCCUCGAAAGCCAGAUCGAGUCGCUCCAGCUACAGAAAGAUGCACUGGGACAGCUCUCCAAUGAAGAUGGCUCGGAUUACAUGUCUGUACCAGGGGAUGCCGAGCACGCUGAGCGUCCACGUGCGAUCCCCAGGAUCGAGCCAGUCGAUUGGCACCGGUUCAAGAAUAGGCUGUGGUGCGAUUGUGGAAUCUACAGCCAAUGGGCCGCGGAGGAGAAAGUCCACAGGAGGCCGCACGCCAUCGAAGUCCUCAUCGGAAAAGCAAGGUACUACUGGGAGAGGGCAGGCGAUGGAUGGAUGAGGGAUCCGGUGGGAGCCGAUGAGCCGAACGCCAGGGACGAUCACGAACAAGAGCCAGAUGUUCCGGCCGGGAAACUUCCCCAGCUGCCAGAGCGUAUCAGGAUCAAUUCUCGACCCGUACUGGCUUUCUUGGCAGAAUUGACGGACUCGGAGGAUAGCAUCAGUUCCAAAGUCAUGCUCCGACCUUACAAGAUCCUCAUUCGCCACCAAAAGGCUAUUCGCCAACAUUAUCAGGAGUUGAGACAGGAGUGGGAGCCACGCGCACAAGAAAACGAAGAUCAACUCCCUGCCGGCGUUGACAACAAUCCGGCGCAAGUACCAGCGGCUGGACAGCAGGAAGCUGUCUCACAAGCCAAUGGGAAGGUUCCAGAGAAUCAACCCACUUCAGCGUCUCCCUAUGACCAGGAAGUACCCUCUCCCGACAAGGAGGAUACAGCAAGUGGGGAUGCAUCUCCAGAGAAGGACGCGACAAGUGAGAAGUCCGCAGAUGAAAAUGAAGAUAAACAACAAGUCCCGACCACGAACAACUUGGAAGCAUACAGGGAUUUCAAAUGCCUUGUUACCUUCAUUGAUGAGUACAUCCUUCCGGUUAUUGAUGCCUAUCGCCAUGAAUCAUCCACCACUGUUCGAUUUGAAGAUCUGUGGCACCUCUUCAAACCAGGAGAUCAUGUUAUUGUCAAGGACACACAAGGGUCUGCGCAUGGAUACCAUGGUGCAACCAAGAUUUCCCGACGCGCAGAAAAGAACCGGGUCUACAGAGUGUUUCAGGUAGCAGGCGGCCGGCCAUAUCUCAGCGCGUCGCUGUAUUAUCUCGACAACGCUUUCUCAUCGUCGAAAGUCUUGUCAUCCUUCACGAUUGGAGCCUACCGAAUAGCAUUCGACGGCACAACUUUCGGUCCUGUUCACAAGCAAUUCCACAUCUCACCUUUCAAGGGCGAGAAAGAGAUCACAAGCCUUGGUGUAUAUCCUCUACGAUUCGACCCAGGCCGCGAGAGCAUCGAGUCGGAGCUAUUGAGCACCGGCAAAAGAUUCUUGGAGCUCACAACCCCAACCCACCUCAUGUACCGAGGCAUGACUGCAAAUGUGAAACAUGACGGCGACCUAUGUCCUGAAGCAGCGAGCAUCCCCGAAGAGGUCAACGGCCAAGUCGUGGUAGAUUUCAAAGAGGCCCGACAAGAGGAUAUGGAUUGGAUUACUCUUCAUUCAUUGCCGCAACUCAUUGAGGUGGAUAAUCGCGAACAAGUUGAGUCGUACAAGAACCAUGUCUGGGAGAACGAAGACGAAAAGGAGUCAUCUGUGGAUUCAUUUUGCAGCGCCGAACCUUUGCUCUCUUACAAAUCGAUGCUCUGGAACCUGUUGGGGCUCAGACGCAAGGCUGGGAGGAUCUGA